AUGCCUUGGAAGGUGGAAGUUCAUGGCAGCAGCUUAGACUUCAUUUUGCUGUUCAUUUUUGGAUCCUAUGAUCGGGAGACCAGUAUCCACUGCACUUUAGAACUAAGUAGCACAGUUUGGAAACAGAAAACAAGAUCCUCUAUCAAAACGGCUCUGCUAGUCAAAGGGUCUUCACAAAGUGUGGGGCUCACAUUCCGCCAAGUGCAAGCAAGCGAAGCAGAUGCGGCAGGCCAUGUUAGUAUUGAAGCUGUGACACCAAAUUCUCCUGCUGCAAUGGCUGAUCUUCAGAGAGGCGAUCGUCUUAUUGCUAUUGGAGUAUUGCCUGUAGGAGUUAAAGUAACAUCAUCUGUGCAAGUACUAAAACUCAUCAAACAGGCUGGGGACAGGGUCCAAGUUUUUUAUGAGAGGCCAGUUGGGCAUCAGAAUCAACAGGGUGCAUCAAUCCAAGAAGUCAUGAACCAGCUAGAUGACCCCAACGAUAUAACACCAUAUUAUCAGCAAAACUUUGAAGAAGAUGUUGCAAGUGUGACUAGUUUAGAGUGCGCCGAAUUUAAGGAUGUAGAAGCUGAAUUUGAGGACAUUGUUUGUGAUUUAAAGUUAUCCAGCUCAGAAGUCAAAGAAGAAGCAUUAUCAGCUACAAAUCAGAGUCCAAAACGCACAGUAACACCCCUCACUGCUAAACCUUCUGGGACCACAUCUCCAAAUCUAAAUCGAAAAGUUAAUCAAGCUAAUCAGCCUCCGUUAAAAUCACAACAGAAGGAAGCAAAUAAACUAGCUCCAUCCAAAAGUAAUGAGCUCCAAGAAACUGCACAACAAACAAGUAAACCUUCACAAGGACAAACAAACAAACCUCCCGUGCCACCAAGACCACAACAUAAACUUGCUUCAUCUUCCCCUGAAGUACACAGCCCACCAGAGUCAAGCGAUUUUAUUUCAGAAAAAACAGAAAGGCUUCCUGUUCCUCCUCCCCUCCUUCCUCCACCUUCAAAUAACGGGGAAAGGUCUGCAGAAAAAAAUGUGUCAAAAAGUACUAAUCAGUCUGAAGAUACAACAGUACCAAAGCAGAAUGCAAAUAAACAAGAAAUACCAAAGGACAAAUUGUCUGACAACUUCAUCUGCACAAAAGACAAUGCGGAUGACUGUCCAUCAUGGGAAUCUUCUGAGAUAACUUAUCGUAAUAGAUAUGGCAAGUGGACAAAAGCUGUAUGUAUGUUUGAGAUUGAAAGCCAGCAUAAGUACCUUAAUGUUGCAUUGUGGUGCAGGAAUCCUUUUAAAAUUGGUGAUCUAAUUUGUUUAGGAUAUGUUAGUGUAAAGAUAGAAGAAAUUGCUUUAGAAUGUCUGUGUGUGUCUUCAAUGGAAAGCCAGAGUACAUUUAGAUUGAAUGCACCUGAACUGAAAGCAAUAGUAAGUCGAACUGCUUUGCGAAGCUUAUGUACCCAUAAGGGAUUUAACGAAAGUCUUUGUUAUGGUGACAUUACAAUUAAUUUCAGAUAUUUAAAAGAAGGUGAGUCGGACAAUACCAGUUUUCUUUUAGAAAAGGAAAGCGAUAGUGUUGUGCAAGAUGAGCCCCCUGUUUUAGUUAAAGAAGAAACAUUUAGUCAGACUGUAAUUACAGAAAGUAAACAUAGUUUUCAAGACACACAGUUUCAGAAUCCAACUCACUGUGAGUAUUGUAAAAAGAAAGUUUGGACCAAAGCAGCAUCUCAGUGUAUUCUGUGUGCAUAUGUGUGCCAUAAGAAAUGUCAGGACAAAUGUUUAGCUGAUAAUCCAUACUGUGUUGCUCCAGAGAGGAGAGUUGAUUUGGAAACCAAAUCACCUUUGAACAGAACAGCAGGCUUAACCAGACAAAUUCUUAAUACAAGCACACGUUUGUUAAAUUUGCGUCAGGUAUCAAAAACUCGCCUUCCUGAGCAAGGAUCUGACAUUGCUGAGCCAUCUCCAAAGCAGACUCCAAACACUUCAGAUAAUGAAAGCAGUGACACAGAAACGUGCAGUGGAAAUAGUCCAUCUAAGCAACCAGCCAGCACAGGCUCCAAGCUGGCAAGGAAGGAAGGAGGUCUGGAUGAUAGUGUUUUUAUUGCUGUGAAGGAAAUUGGUCGAGAUCUGUACAGAGGUCUGCCCACAGAUGAAAGGUCCCAAAAAUUAGAGUUUAUGUUAGACAAACUGCAGAAUGAAAUUGAUCAAGAACUUGAGCAUAACAACUCUCUUGUAAAGGAAAAAAAGGAAACCACAGAUGCACGAAAGAAGUCCCUAAUUAAUGCAGCGAUUUCUAAAUCGGGUGAAAGGCUCCAGGCCUUAACACUCCUUAUGAUUCAUUACCGAGCAGGUAUUGAAGACUUGGAGUCCCUCGAAAGUUUAGCUGCAGAACAGCAAACUAAGAAGAUACUAAGGUCUCCCGAAGAACCCAGUGUUACUGAUGAAGUUGAUGACAUUAGUUUAGUCAGUCAGGAGGCCCCUCAGAUGACUGACAACAUUCCCAUGGAAGAGACUGCUGAUCCAACAGAAACCUCAUCAUAGGUGCUAUUGCAUCUCUGAUUAUUUGAGCUGCUUGUUGUUACAAAGGCAAGUGUUGUAUCUUGCAAGAUUAAUGGUUGCAUAACUGAACUGGCCCAAUAGACAACCAGUAACGUUAUGAAGUCUUCAUCACCAUAUAUGACUGCUCUGAAAUAAUUCAGUGGUUACUGGUUUGUUUUAGCUUACACUUUAUGUGAGUCGGUUGCCUUUUAUGACACACCCUACUUGUUGAUGUUAUUCAUCAUAUUUAUUUUAGAACAUUUAUUCUAUUUUAAAAAAAAAAACUUUUACAAUUUACAUAAUUUAGUAAUUCUGGUUACUGUCUGUGAUGUCCUUUUACCGCACUGCUUUAUGGACGUGUUCUCUUGCCACUUGAGGAGAUAAUUAUUUUAUUAAAAUGUUAUUUAAUUACUGAAUCUUUAUGUUAUGAUACUGUUGCUGAGCCCAUUGCAUGUAUAUUGGUGGACUGAGAACUAUCAUCAAGGGACCAGGGAUGGAGAAUAUUGAUACUUUAAAUUAAUUUAUCUUUGUUUCUGUAUACUUUUUGCCAGGUAUGUACUGUAUCACAAAAACAAACACUGUGGCUAAUAAUUGUCUGUUGCAAUUAUUUAGUAAAGUUUUUUUGUCAUUAAA